AACUCAAUAUGUACGCAAGAAACAGAGCUCAAACCUUCCCAAAUGCAAGGAAGCAGAGCAAUCCAACUAUAGGAUACCAAGGCCAAAGCACUGAACUAGUAGCUAUACAACAAUACCGAGGAGGUCUAUUCAGCCAGGGGCUAGUUCGUCUGUUACCCACAUAGCAUAGUCUGCCAAGGGCCAUAUUUUUGAUAAGUGCUGAACUGGCGUUUAAAUAACAUAAACGAAAAUAAAAAUAAUCGUCUUAUCGAUUAGUAUGAAUUAAACGAGAUGAUUGUCACAUAUACUUACAUGACGAAGUAUCUGUAACAUACGAGUUCUUCCCACAAAUUAAACUGGAACCUACUCACCGUUGACUUCCUUGCACUUACAAUACUAAUUCAGUUAAUAAUGCAGCAAGAUGUUGAAUAUAAUUUUCAUCCAUGUUGUGCUGUUCAAACUCAGUUCAGUGAUACAUAAGGAAAUAUAGGCCAGAUAAAUAAUUUGGCUGGUAUGAGUUAUGAGGGUAGCAUUAGACUGCUUCCAAAUGCAUAUGCGAUGCUAGGCCUUGGUGGGAUAGCACAACCGUAGAGGUUCCUUGUGUAGCGGCGACCCACCCUCUGUUUUUCAGUACAAUCAGCAAGGUGGUUUCCCAGGCCAACAGAAUCAACAAAAUAAAUUCAAACCAGGGAACGCUGUACCAAAUUCACCAUCGUUUAAACCAUCGCAACCACAAGCAGCAGCAGCAGCACCACCACCACCAGCAGUUAUAAAGAAUAUGCAACAAGGGAAACCUCAACAGCAGCACGUCGAUGUUAAACAGCCUGUUACAAACUCUUCUCAGAUGCACUCAGCACCGUUGCCUCAAGCUCAGUCUCAAGCUCAGUCUCAAGCUCAGCCUCAAUCACAACCUCAAACUCAGCCUCAACCCCAGCCGCAGCCUCAACCCCAGCCUCAACCCCAGCCUCAACCCCAGCCUCCAACUCAAGCUCCACCGGCACCUAGGUUGAAGCCAAUUCUGAAAAUAACUUCCAACACUCAGCAACAGGCUGGACCAGCUGUGCAAAAUAAUCCUGUUACCUCUUCUCAACCAAUGAUUCCUACUUCCGCACCUUCUGUGAUGAGUCAUUCGAAUUGCACUUCGCCGACGAGUAGCGAUAAAAUGGAAGUCAAAUCUGACAGUCAAACAGAAAAUAUGGAUACUGAAAUGCAAGAUCUGCAGCCGAGAUGGAGGCGCAAGACACCCGGAUUUAGGGUGAAUAAAAGAUUGAAACGGCUUCGUUUGAAUCAACGUUUAAGGAAAACAUUACAACCGAAAAAUGCGAUUAUGGUAUUAAACGAAAUGAAACCUGGGGUACAAUUCACGUUUCCCGAAACCCAGGGACCUAUGCCAAAUUCCCUGUAUCUUGUUCACGCAGAGCUCGAUGGGAAAACUUACGUUGGUCAAGGAUUGUCUAAACCACUCGCUCGACAGAACGCCGCUGAAAACGCUUUGAAAGCUCUGUUGCUCGAGAAAAUGACAGCGGCGUCUUUGAAAGCACGGAUCGAUGCCGAAUUAGACAAGCAAAGUCAAUACACAGAUGGAUCUAAUACAUCAAAAGAUGACAACGAAGAAGGUGUAAUACCAAUGGAUACCACUACCGCUGACGAAACCGAUGAAAUUCCAUGGAGUUCUUUAGCUAGUUUUGCAUUGUACAAACUUUUCCUUGAGUGGCACAAUCAAGGAACAUCGGUACCAGUACCGAGACCUGGUAUACCGUCGCCUAUUAAAGGAGGCAAGAAAGAGGUUCCUCAAGCCCCAAAGGCUCCGGUUCAAAAGGAACUUCCACCAAAUGCGACAAGCAUACACCCCGUUAUGCUAUUAAAUCAGAUGAGACCAGGUUUAACGUACGUAGAACUCAAUCGUGUCGGCAAUCCGCCUAACACGAUGUUCACUCUCGCUGUUGAAAUCGAUGGAGUUGAAUACACAGGAACAGCGAAAAAUAAGAAAGAUGCUAAGAAAAUAGCGGCUAAAUCCGCGCUUCUCGCUUUGUACAAUUUGUACUAUCCGGAUGACAUGAAACCGACGGCCCAAGAUCAACCCACGUUUUAAAUUUUGUAAUAUUCGUUAAUGCACAUUUACAAUUCUGUAAUGUGCCAUUUGUAUUAUUAUGCAAUUAACGCGAAUGCUUUCGCAUUGAAAAAGACGUCUAUAAGGAAUAAGGGGAGAUAAGAUUUCUAUUAUGGUAUAAACGGUUUUCGGCAGUAUUUUACAUUGAGCCUAAUUAUUAUUUAACAAACAAGCCUUCGUUGGAAUAUUUAUACACAAUCACUACGCGUAAGUCGUUUUACGUGUUUUGAAGAUUUUUCUUUUCGUUAUUUCUGCAGUAUUUCAGAUUUCUUUUAUCAACCCAACUAUGGUGUGUAACCAUUUUUUAUGCGUAUUUUACAUGUUAAAAAUAUAGAAUGGAAACUGCAUAAUCGUAUUAUCAUUGCUAGCAAUCAAAUGUUUGUGCGUUACAUCCAAGUACGUACAUAAUUAUUCGUAUUGGAGUUUCAGUCAUAUUUCGAGAGAUUGAAUUCAUACAUGGAAUACAGAAUUCUGUUUCAUAUGUACGUCGUGUUAAAAAUGACAUGUACCAUAAUAAACUCACGUGUACACAUCCAAAUAAAUUUUAUAUUUCUGAAUAAUCA